AUGGAUUUCCAUUCCAUUAACUUCUUAUAUGCACUUUCUUUAGGUUCAGUGAUGAGGGAAACAAAUGGUGGUGGAGAGCGCUCAGCAACAGCAGCUCCUGCUAAUGGUGGAGUUACAAAUCACGAAAAUGCCCUUAGGCAAAGCAGGGGAUCGGAGGUGCUGGUAGUCCCCAUUAGGAUUUUAGUGCUGCCUUUUGAAGCUUCCCGAAGCUCUAUGGGUGUGCUAUUUCCAGUGGUCACUGAAGAAGGAGCUUUUUUGUGCAGCUCAUUCCCGAAGUUAGGCUUGGACUUUUCUGAAAAUUUCCACAAUUUCACUUUCCCUUGGUCCAGGAGUUGCAGUGGAAUGGAAUUUGGGGGAAGGAGAUGA